AUGGUACAGAAGGCAGCCGUAUUCUCAGCGCGUCAGCACUACCGGGUGUACGACGACAUAGAGGGCGCCCGGGCACGCUGGCUACUGCCGCUCAAGACAAAUCCGGAUGUGCUACAGCCCAGCCAGAGCGCAGAGCUCAAGGCGUCCCUGGACUCGUUGGGGCUGUCACUGCCCUCGAGUUCCAGCACCCCGGGCAGGUACCUGCUGCCAGAUGACCCCGCAGGGACUGCAGACUGGGAGGCACUGGCGGAGGUCCUUGUGAACGCGGACGGACUAUCCCGUAUGUGGACAAUUUAUGGCAUGAUCCAGGCAAUGACGUUGGUGCUGCUAUUCGGCAGGCUUCUGUCCACACUGGCUUUUCAAGGUCGCGUCGGCAUCAUGGUACGAACGCUAUUCAACGCUGUACCUGCCGUACUACACUUGGUGAUCAUACUGCUGCUCAUUGCCGUUAUGUUUUCGGUCAUGGAAGUAUGUCAGCUUGGUAUCCACGUCGAGGAAAUGAGCAACCUGGAUGGCGCCCUGAGCGACACUCUUGGGCUCCUGGUGGGCCGGUCCAUCCUGCGUAACCUUGAUACCAUCGUGCCCCGGAAUAUGGAGUUCACAACGGUGCAGGUCUCGAAUAACGAUUGGAUGCUGGGGGACGAGCAACUGAACAAUUUGUGUGGAUUGAUAGCGCAACGUAUCUUGGAUUACCAAGGACAUCGGCGCUUCGAGUACCUGGGACACUCGAGGUUUGGACGGGAAGGGGGACGAGAGUUCGCCUGUUCCAAGUACCGGCCUGUACCCAUCGGGAAACCCGUCGUCAUGACGCCGGUGGUGAGAUUCAAUCCCACGCUGGAUACCGAUGCCAACACCAGUGGCCCUGUCACCAGUGUCAGCAGCAAUGUGGCGAGCGGGGGAACCAGGUCACGCAUUGUGCAGCGGCGUGUGCUUUGGAGUAGUGGACCCUCAGCUCCGGUUGGCCAGUUGGUGGGCCAGCGGUACAGUCUUACCGCGGUGAGUCGUCUGGUAAGCUACCAGACAGGCUUGGGGCAACGAUCCGGUUUGAGCCAAGUGGAUCGAGGCCAGCGGCUCAGUCAGUCGGCAGGGAAACGACAAUCACAUUGGCCCCAGGGACAGUUCAGGCAGCUCAGCAACUUGACAGGUCAGCAGAGUGGCUGUGCGAGUCAAACAGGAACCAGCCAAAUCCACCGCAUGAGCACUGGUGCAGAGCAGUGUCUGCACAAUGCUUGUGAUUCCACCAGCGACAAGCUGCUGGGUCUUAGCAGCGGUUGUGGCAGCAGCGGCAGGGUCCUUAUCCGGCAAGGAGGUGGCGGCGAUGGUUCAGAAGCGGACUUCAGUGAGGCCCACUCCACCAUCACUAAUGACGUGGCUGCAAGCAUUGUUAUCAGCAACGGCAGUGGCAUAGGUACAGGAGCUGGUGGUACCGCUACUACAACGAUGAUGGAAGAGGAUGAUGUGUCUGAAUUCGCCAUUUAUGCAGCAUUGUGGGAGUCGAUACGCGCCAUGGAGUACUGGCAGGCUGGUGUGGUUCGCUGGCAAAGCCAUGUGUGGCUACAGCAGCAGCAGAUGCAACAGGUGCAUGAAGAAGUUCUGUCCGUGCUUACCUGCAGUACUGCUGAUGGUGCCGGCAAGCUGCCGUGUAUGGUUCCGUUACUGGGAGCCCCAUCAUCGUCACGUGGGUCAUUAUUGCUGAGGGCAUCAACCUGCCUUGGUUCUGAGGUGUUGACGCGAGACACGACUAGCGCCAGAAAAUGUAGCGGUGGCACCAACGAUGCUCGGAGCAGAACAUUCCAGCAGGUUCCGCUCGGCUUACCACAACUUACCAACGAAAUGCCCCCUUCUCUUGCUACACCUGGUGAUGCUGCACCCGACAAAAAUCUCGGCCUGACCAUGGUGGAAACUGACCCAUGGGUUGGUGCUGGGCCAGUCAUGCCUGAGCAACGAUUGUCCAUGCCACAACCGGUGAAUAUGCAUGAGGUGAAUACCAGCAGCAAACUGUCAAAAUGGCGCAUCACUUCAAGCAACAGUGGUAAUAGCGCCUCCACUACUGCCUUUGCCACGGAGCCUAUCGCAGAACCUGGGGUCAGCAAAUUAAGGCUGGGAUCCCAAACUAGAUCGAAGGAGUGCUCUGAUCACCAGGGCGCAUGCCUCAAUCUUGAGCCCGGGCUAGGUAACCUGGCUGGAAAAGCAUGCAACAAGGUUGUGGGUCCUCAAGGAGGAGCUGAAUGUCCGUCCCUUGUAACGACUCAUGGCUUUAACGUCGACUACAACCAUUGCAGUGCCAGUAGUGCCGAGGCCUUGCUGGCAGGCUGUGUGACAAAGGCACCACUACUACUGGCAGGUGAUAUUGCUGAGGCCCUGCCGACAUGUAGCAUCACUGAGGCAUCGCAAACAGGCAGUGCUGUCGCAGCAGACAGCAGUGCAGAGGCCCUUCCAGCAGGCGGCAUUACAGAGACUCUGCCGACAGGCAGUGUCACUAUGGCAGGCACUACUGCUGUAACCGAGGCCUGGCCUGCAGGUGGCGUCGCUGAGGCCCCACCAGCAGGCAGCAUUACCAUGGCCUCACCAGUAGGCAAAGUAGGCGAUGCCCAGCCAGGAGGCAUGGCCACCAUGGCCAUGCCAGCAGGCAGUGCCACUGCAGACCCAUCAGUUGGCAGUAUUGCUGCGGCCCCAGCAUCAGGCAGCAUCACUGCAGCCUUGCCAGCAGGCAGUGUAACAGAGCCCCCAGCAGCAGGCAGUGGUGUUACCGAGGCCCUGCCGGCAGGUGACAGCCUCACCUCAACAGUGAUGGUGCCACCAUACGUGCAGAUGCUUUCUCAGCGGGACGAGGAUACCACCAACUACGAUGCGUUCAAGGAGUGGGUCGGCGAGGUGCCAAGAGCAGCUAAGGGCGCAGCUGGCAAGCGCAGGCGGGGUGGCGGUGAUGACGACGACCUGGGUGCGAGGUCGGGGCGCAAGGUUGGAAAUAAACGGCAGAAGGGGAACAAGGGCGCAGGCUGGGGCAGGGGUGCAAGCAAGGGGACCACCAGAGCACCGCGUAAUAUUCACCCGUAAUCACUGGGUCUUCACCCGUAAGUUUGCGUGUAAUUGGUUACAUGCGCCCGUAAUUCACCUCCAGCACCGCGUAAAAUCCACCCGUAAUCACUGGGUCUUCACCCGUAAUUUUGCGUGUAAUUGGUUACAUGCGCCCGUAAUUCACCUCCAGCACCGCGUAAAAUCCACCCGUAAUCACUGGGUCUUCACCCGUAAGUUUGCGUGUAAUUGGUUACAUGCGCCCGUAAUUCACCUCCAGCACCGCGUAAAAUCCACCCGUAAUCACUGGGUCUUCACCCGUAAUUUUGCGUGUAAUUGGUUACAUGCGCCCGUAAUUAACCUCCAGCACCGCGUAAAAUCCACCCGUAAUCACUGGGUCUUCACCCGUAAAUGUUCACCUGUAUCCUUGUGCUCAAAUUACGGGACCCGUAACGUGUUACGGACCCGUAAUUUCUGUCAAAUUAUGGGUGGAUUGACCCAAAAUUACGGGUAAAAUGACCCCCCUUUUCCCAGAGUGC